UUUUAUUCUACAUUUCAUCAUAAAUCCUUAACUCCCACUCGAUUAGAUUGGAUUGGAUAGAUAUGGCCUCGCAUUUGGAUCGAUGGGAGAAGGAUCCGUUCUUUCGUGCUGCCGAAGAAGUUCAGGAAUCUGCCGAUAGGAUGGAAUCCACGUAUAGAACAUUGAUUCAUGCAUCCAAAGAACCUUCGGUCUGGAAUUCAGACGCUGUUCGAAGAGAUUUACAAACUGCCAUGGGCACUACCAAAUGGCAGUUGGAGGAGUUCGAAAGGGCAGUUCUCUCAAGCUACAACAAAACUUCAACUGACAAUACAAAAGACAGGCAUCGUGACUUCAUCAAUGCAAUCGAGACUCAGAUUUCAAGAGUUGAAACUUCAUGGAACGAUUCAUUCUCUUCAAAAGGGAAGCCACCAUGCCCAUGGGUGAAACUUAAUGAAGGAGAAAGGAAAGAACUCGCACUAUUUCUCGCAGGAUCAGUAACACCUGGCGCUCAUGAAGAACAACCUGCAAAAACUCGCCGGAAACAAAAGGCGGCAGCGGCUGCGGCUAAAGAAAAGAAAAUUUCCGGGCAUAGAAGAGCCGCGAGCGCCAGUGCCGACAUCGGGUCAUGGAAGAUCACGGUUGAUGACGAUGUUGGAAAAGACGGAAAAGCCCCUCGAAAGAUCCCGAGUUUUUCUGGGCUCUUGAACACUUUAGAGUACACGGCUUCGAAAUUAAAGUGGCCCAAGAAUGGGUAUGGGAAAUUAAAGCAAGAGCUGGAUGUUGCGCCUAUUAUUCAAAUUCAUGAUAUGAAUUGCCCUGAACAUUAUGAUGAUGAUCAUCAUGAUAGAUGGCUUCAUAGAUGGUGUGGUGCAAUCCAACGACAACUUCAAAGGUUGCAGUAUUAUAUGUUGUAUAGUUGUCGCACCCAAACAAUCUUUUGGGUUGUUGUCAUUAUUUGUUUACUUGCUUUAUUUGUAUUACAUUCGAUCUAAAAAGGAGCAAGGGAGCAUAAUAGGCGACAUCUCCAUCCAAUUUUGAUGUUAGAUUUUGUAGAAAUGUUGUAUUUUUAGGUUUGUGUUUAGUAAACUUGAAUUGUAGCUUUUUUUUUAACACUUAAACAUAUAGCAAUUCAUUUGGAACAUAUCAAUAACCACAACAACAUGGAGAUUUUACAAGAACUUGGACAAAUGAUGGAUUAACUCGAAGUUUCUAUUCAUUUACUCUUACAAAUUGGAUACAAGGUGACACAUGAUUGAGGUGUCAAUUCUCAAACAGAAAUUUCUUCUACAAAUCCCAAGGUGUCAAGAAUCAAGAUGACUGUGUAGUACCUUCGGUUUCACUUUUCUUAUUGAAAUCAACUCCCUGAAAAACAACUCUUGAAGAUCGGUACUUGCUACCAACUCCUGUGCCAAAUCCCCAUCCGAGCCCCACCCCAACUCCACAGCCUCCACCUUUCAAAUCAAUCAAACAGUUGCAGGUUUAUCAACAAUAUGCAUGAAUGAAGAACAAGUUGCAUAUAUACAAGUAAAAAAACAGUCUUGAACUCUUAAAUGGCGUACCUGCACCAAGACCUAGGAAAUUCAAAGGCAUACCUGAAUAAGAUACAAUGUUAAUUAGCUUGGAUUAAAUGUAACAACAUACUUUUGCUAAUUUGAGUUGCCCUAAGUUAGAUUUACAAUUUCCGAACACAAAUCUGAAAUGAGUAUCGUUCAGUUGUUUGAAAUUCAAUUUGCAGUUUAUGAACAGGAAGAACAGAUAACAUUAUCUGUAUAUAUUGAUCAAUCAUAUGGAUAAAGAAUAUAAGACGAGUUAUAAAAGUAAUUGAGGGUGGAAAAAGCUGUGAAUGUGUUAGAGAGAGAUGUGACCUCCGAAACCC